AUGAAUAGAAGCAAAUGCUCUGUGGGGCUGAUGUCCUCCGCGGUGGCCCCAGCUACGGAGCCCAACGCCGUGGGCCCAAAGGCGGUGGAGCUCGUCCUGAUCAAGGAGCAAAACGGGGUGCAGCUCACGAACUCCACCCUCAUCAACCCCCCGCAGACCCCCGUGGAGAACCAACAGCGGGAGACCUGGAGCAAGAAGGUAGACUUCCUCCUCUCGGUGGUCGGCUUCGCGGUGGACCUGGCCAACGUCUGGCGAUUCCCUUACCUGUGCUACAAAAAUGGCGGGGGUGCCUUCCUGGUCCCUUACCUGCUCUUCAUGGUCAUCGCGGGGAUGCCCCUCUUCUACAUGGAGCUGGCCCUUGGACAGUUCAACAGGGAGGGGGCUGCCGGCGUCUGGAAGAUCUGCCCCGUCCUGAAAGGUGUGGGCUUCGCGGUCAUCCUCGUCUCGCUCUACGUCGGCUUCUUCUACAACGUCAUCAUUGCCUGGGCGCUGCACUACUUCUUCUCCUCCUUCACCACGGAGCUGCCGUGGACCCACUGCAACAACACCUGGAACAGCCCCAACUGCUCAGACACCCGCUCCGGCAACUCCAGCUCCAGCCUCAACGACACCUUCAGGACCACGCCCGCUGCCGAGUACUUUGAGCGUGGCAUGCUGCACCUCCACGAGAGCCGUGGCAUCGAUGACCUGGGCCCUCCCCGGUGGCAGCUCACAUUCUGCCUGGUGCUGGUCAUCAUCCUGCUGUACUUCAGCUUGUGGAAGGGAGUGAAGACUUCUGGGAAGGUGGUGUGGAUCACAGCCACCAUGCCAUACGUGGUCCUCUUCGCCCUGCUCCUACGAGGAAUCACUCUUCCUGGAGCCAUGGACGGCAUCCGAGCUUACCUGAGCGUUGACUUCCAUCGGCUCUGCGAGGCAUCCGUGUGGAUCGACGCUGCCAUCCAGAUAUGCUUCUCACUGGGCAUUGGGUUUGGUGUGCUCAUCGCCUUCUCCAGUUACAAUAAAUUCACCAACAACUGCUAUAGGGACGCCAUCAUCACCACCUCGGUCAACUCCCUGACCAGCUUCUCCUCGGGCUUCGUGGUCUUCUCCUUCCUGGGGUACAUGGCCCAGAAGCACAGCGUGCCCAUCGGGGACGUGGCCAAGGAUGGGCCCGGGCUGAUCUUCAUCAUCUACCCCGAGGCCCUCGCAACGCUCCCGCUGUCCUCGGCCUGGGCCGUGGUUUUCUUCGUCAUGCUGCUCACCCUGGGGAUCGACAGUGCCAUGGGCGGGAUGGAGUCAGUGAUCACCGGGCUCAUCGAUGAAUUCCAGCUGCUGCACAGACACCGGGAGCUCUUCACCCUCUUCAUCGUCCUGGCAACUUUCCUCCUCUCUCUAUUCUGUGUCACCAAUGGCGGCAUCUACGUCUUCACGCUGCUGGACCACUUUGCGGCUGGCACGUCCAUCCUCUUUGGAGUGCUCAUCGAGGCCAUUGGAGUGGCCUGGUUCUAUGGUGUGCGGCAGUUCAGCGACGACAUCAAGCAGAUGACCGGAAAGCGGCCCAGCCUCUACUGGCGGCUGUGCUGGAAGUUCGUCAGCCCCUGCUUCCUCCUGUUUGUGGUCGUGGUCAGCAUCGUGACAUUCAGGCCCCCACACUACGGAGCCUAUGUCUUCCCUGAGUGGGCCAACGUGCUGGGCUGGGCGAUUGCUGUGUCCUCCAUGUCCAUGGUGCCCAUCUACGCAGCCUACAAGUUCUGCAGCCUGCCUGGGUCCUGGAGGGAGAAACUGGCCUAUGCCAUCACGCCUGAGAAGGAGCGCGAGCUGGUGGAGAGAGGGGAGGUGCGCCAGUUCACGGUGAAAAGCAGAGAGGGGAGGCGUGACCAGGGAUGGACCCCCGGAGGAGAUGGCAUCUGA